AUGUCGUACAGAAUCGCAGCCCCCGAUGAGUACCUUGCCAUCACGGGCAUGAAUGUGCAGUCGGUCAAGAUCACCAAGGCGACAUGGCUGUGGCCCUUUCAGCGUUGCAUGCGCUUCAGCGUGCAGCCUCACGACUAUGCCAUGAACCUGCAGGCCAUGACCAAGGAGAAGCUCAUCUUCCUGCUGCCCGUCGUCUUCACCGUCGGCCCAGACGUCAACGAGCGCGGCGCCAACUCGUCGGUCGAGAGCCACGGCGCCGACGGGGACGAGACGAUCGAGCGCGAGGACCGCGGCGACGCCCUCACCAAGUACGCCAUGCUGUUGGCCGACGCCGACGAAAACAAAAAGGCCAAGCGCAACACGGCCGCCGACAACACGCACGUCGGCAACAUUGUCAAGGGCAUCAUCGAGGGUGAGGUGCGCGUGCUCGUGUCGUCCAUGACCAUGGAGGAGAUUUUCACCGAGCGUGAGGUCUUCAAGCGCCGCAUCUUCAAGAACAUCCAGUCCGAGCUCAGCCAGUUUGGGCUCAAAAUCUACAACGCCAACGUCAAGGAGCUGCGCGACGCGCCCGAGAGCAACUACUUUGAGAGCCUCUCGCGCAAGGCCCACGAGGGCGCCAGCAACCAGGCGCGCAUCGACGUCGCCGAGGCUCGGCUCCGCGGCAACGUCGGCGAGGCGCGGCGCGUCGGCGAGCAGGAGCGCGAGAUCGCCAUGAUCAACGCCGAGACGGCCGUGCAAAAGACGGAGCGCGACACGGAGCGCGCGACGGCCGAGGCCAAGUUCAGCACGGCCGAGGCGUCGCUGCACCGCGACGUCGAGAUUGCGCGCGUCGAGGCCAAGCGCGCGCUCGAGGUGCGCGACGAGGACCUCAAGCGCGCCGUCGAGAUCAAGCGCGCCGCCGCCGAGGUCGAGCGGCUGCGCGCCCGCGACGUCGUCAAGGCCACCAUUGCCCGCGAGUCGAAGCAGCAGGACGCCGACGCGCGCGCCUACGAGAUCGAGGCCGACGCCAAGGCCAACUUUGAGAAGAGCCAGCGCGAGACGGACGCGCUCGCCUACAAGACCCAGAUGGACGCCGACGCCGCCAUCGCCGCCGACUUUAACCGCACCACCAAGGCUGCCGACGCCGACGCCUACGCCGCCCGCACCCGCGCCGAGGCCCACCUCAUCGCCACCCAGAAGGAGGCCGCCGGCAUGCUCGCCAUGGCCGAGGCCUACGGCAAGAUGGCCGACGCCUUUGGCGGCCCCGCCGGCCUGCUGCAGUACAUGAUGAUCGAGAAGGGCACCUACCGGGAGCUGGCCGACGCCAACGCCAGGGCCAUCCACGGCCUGCAGCCCAAGAUCAGCGUCUGGAACACGGGCAGCCAGGGCGCUGGCGGCGGCGGCGGCGACGCGUCGGGCACCGAGACGAUGAAGAACCUCUACCAGAUGCUGCCGCCCCUCAUGACGACCAUCAACGAGCAGACGGGCAUCACCCUGCCCGAGUGGCAGUUUGGCAAGAUGGCCGCCGGCACCGAGGCCGUCAAGGGGGAGGUCAAGGUCAAUGGGAAGUACUAG